ACAAUCACCUCCUCUUUCUGGUGGGGGAAUUCAGACCCCUUCCCAGUUCAACCAGUCCCUGGGUCUGGUGUAAUUGAUGGGGUGGGUGGGGCCAGCACUUGAAACCUCACCCACCUCUCCUUUGCCAGCCACUGGAGGAGCUCUCUUGCUGUUUGUAUGUUGGUGGGCGGAAGGGCCUUCUUCCUCUGUAGAAGGGUGCUCUAGGGCACCAAGUGUGAGAAGGAUCUGCCAUUUAGCUGGUAGAGAUGCCAGAGGGCCCAUCAGUGAGGAAGUUCCAGCUGCUGACCUUAAGUUUUGUGGGGCAAGUGGUGGCCAAGGUGGGGGGAAGCAGCAAGAAGAUUAAUGUGAAUGACCUGAAUGCCUUGAGGCUCCAGGAUUCCCAGGUCCAUGGGAAGAACUUAUUCCUAGCAUUUGUAGCAGCCAGCUCCCCCUUAGGACCAAGUGUGGAUGAGACAGAGCUGCAGAAAGAGGCUGCCACAGGGCCUAGUUCCCUUGUUCAGGGAAAGCAAGAGCAGGUUUGCGCUCCAUUGACUCCUCCCCAGGAAGAAGAGCUGCAGGAACUGCAGAACUCCAGACCUGGUGCAGCAGGGGGUCCAGGCAGUUGGCUGCGCUUCCACUUCGGUUUGUUUGGCAGCAUUCGGGCAAACGAGUUCUCAAGAGCAAGCAGAGCCAAUAAGAGGGGGGACUGGAAGGACCCUAUACCCAGGCUGGUGUUGUAUUUUGAGAGUGGAGGCUUCCUUGUUUUCUACAACUGCCGAAUGCACUGGUGCUCAUCUCCGGUGGCUGAUCCCACUUCUGACAUCCUGUCUGCAGAAUUCCACCGUGGCCGGGCACUGGAUGCCCUCCGCACAUCCCAUCCCAUCUGCUACACCCUCUUGGACCAAAGAUACUUUUCAGGGCUGGGGAACAUCAUUAAAAAUGAAGUCCUGUACCUGGUGAAGAUCCAUCCGUUAACACAAGGAUCUCUCUUGGCGCAAUCAGAUCUGGAGCAUCUGCUUGAUUGUGCCAUUCAGUUCACUUCUGACUGGCUGCAGAGCAAGCUGCAAGGCAAAGGGUUGCACCUGCAGAUCUACCAGAAAGAGCAGUGUCCUCUUGGGCAUGUGGUGAUGAAAGGAGCCCUAGGACCCCCAGGUGGCUGGAAAAGGCUUACAUGGUGGUGUCCUCAGUGCCAGCCUGCAGUGCUGUCAGGGGAUGGAGAUCUGACCCUGGGCAUUGAGUGACGUAGCUCUAUGUUCUUUUUUUUUUCUUCCUUGUGUAGUUCAGUGUUAGAUAAUCCUGUGCCUGCUUAGAGCUGAGUAUGUGUUAUGUAGUGAUUAGGUGUGGUUAAAAUUAAAUGGUUGUUCCCUCCAUCAACUCUUAGCAGCUUCCUUCCAAAGGAUGAAGACAAACCUCAGCAGUGCUCGGUGCUGCUCAUCUCUGCCCACCUCUGAGCUGCCUGCCCCAUUGGCAGGGAUGGCAAUGCUUAAAACCCAUCAUUAAGCCAUGAAUCAGAAGUGUGGCGACUCUGGGGGUGUCGAUGUGUGACAGGGAGUGCAUAAAACUCAUCAUUUCAGACAUAGGGUUUGGAUUUUGGGUGGCCUGAGGGUUGGGCUCCUUGUGGGUCCCCUGUGCUGUGGGCUGCUCUGUGGGGCUGCUGGCUGGAAGUGAGCAUGGAGGAAAGCACCAUGGAGGGAAUGCACUGUAGGUGACUGAAACCAAGCAGAAGCACUUCAGCUCUAGUUGGGAGUGAAGCAAGAAGGAGCCUGGAGGCAUCCCGU